CUUUAUACCGGAAGUGAUUUGUUCAGAAAAAUGGCGGGAGAGGAAGAAAAUAUUGAGAUGGAUAACACAGAAGAAAAUGCAGAAGACACGCCAAAUCAAGACCCUGAUGUUGGUGAUUCUUCAGCACAAGAACCCAGUUCAAAUGAGCGAAUCACCAAACUCCCAAUUACAAGAGUAAAGGCCAUAAUGAAGAGUGACCCCGACGUUUCCUUGGCCAGCUCCGAGGCGGUAGUGGCUUUGGCAAAAGCAGCCGAAAUGUUUAUACAAAUGCUGUCCAAGGAUGCGAUCAACAGUACAAUGCAGAGCAAAAGAAAAACAUUGCAGCGUAAAGACUUAGAUACUGUGAUUGAUACAAGAGAUUCCUAUGCGUUUUUAGAAGGAACGUUAGACGGCCCUUGACAGGCUUGAGGAAUAUUGUCUAAGAAGGAACUCUCCCAAAACAUUGUGUCCAAAACCAUAUCCUUGUUUCCGGCCCCUUGUUUCUGCUACACUGCGACGCUGAGAGUAUCUACUGGUCGCAAGCAGACGGCGUAUACUGACCAGGAACGCGUCUUAGACAGACCUAGUGUAUACAAAGAUUGAAUGGGAACAAAUUCUACCCUCACCAAUCCAGGUUCCUGUGUAGUUUAAUUUGACCCAUGUGAUGUUUGUAAAUUUAAAUGAGAAAUGCAUGCCCCGCAUAUUCAAGACAACUGGUUGCAGAUAUAGUUUUACUCUUGUGAUAUGGAGACUGUUGAAUACAAUACAUGAGAAUAGUUGAUGGAAAUUAAAUCUAUAUUAACUUUA